CAUCAAUCAACCUGCACAAGAUGGCGCCAUAUGCGGCAUUGCACUUUCCCUCUGCAGUGCAGAAUGGCGAUCUUGAGGUUCCUUGUUGCCACUUCUGGUCUUCUUCUCAUUCAAGGCCCAGGGCACCUGGGGUCGGAUUCUAGUAGCAUCAAAGCAAUGGCGGGCUCUGAAGUGUGAAGAAUGCCGUGCGCGCAUUGCUGCAGCUAUGGGUGGAAGUGCGCGCCCGAGCGGUGACUCAGCGGGCGCCAGUUCCAAUGGGCUCAGCGAUCGUGAAGUGAGGCUCCCUUCGGAGAAAGGGGUGCCUGCGAAAGGAACGGCGAGGCGGCCGGGGGGCCGGGUCCAUCCUUUUGCUGGCGACGGAACUGAGGUGCAUUUGGGGGGGCCGGUGCAAGUGAAAUCCAACCCCCAUAGAGCGGAGGGUUUUGGGAGAGCUGCCUUCAUAUCUGGGGGAAGGAGCCAACAGAAUCGAACGAUGGAUGCAAGCAGUGACGGGAGCGUUCGGAAGGGAGUUUCGCUGGAAGUAGGUGCAAGCUUGAAUGCGGACCCAGGAAAUGAAACUUCCAAAGAGCUGCAGGAUACCUCGCCUGCAAGGAUCUGGCCGACUAAAUCUCCUGUGGCUGGUAACAGUGGGGAUGGGAGCGCGGCGGCGCCAGGGUUCGGGUCACCAGGCGCACCGUCAGAUCUUCCGGAGGACAAUGAAAAGUUGCAGAACGAGGAAGAUCUGGGUGGCAUGAGGGGCGCCGACAGAAUAGAAGAUAGACCAAGUGGCGGCCAAGAGGCGGGAAGGUUUAGUGUGGUGGGAAGUGCAAGCAGAAUGCAGGUGGAUCAGGGGGAAGGAAUGCGCUCGUCGUUUGAGUUUGAUGCCCCGGCGGGCCGUGGAGAAGGGCAAGGGGACGGGGGUUUAGAGAUGAACUUGGGCAGUCCUGAGCGACUAGGUGUGGCUGUAAGAGACAGCACCGGCGCCCCAACUACUCCAGCAGCGGACCCUGUCAAACAAAAGUUGCAGUCUGCUUCGCCGGCCGCAGUCUCAGACGAGGAUUUGGGAGAAACUCAACGCUCUGACUCUGAUGUAUCACUCCCAGACAACGUUCCUCUUUCGGAGGAGAAGGGCUCCGAUAUAGAAAUGGGUGCCCCGGCAGGGGACGUUGGGUCUGAGCGGAGCACUGAUUCUGAGGAAGGCACUCGGCCGCUAAGUGAGGUGGCGCGGAGCUAUCAGCUGGAGGUGCUGGCGCAGGCGAGGAAGGAGAACACGAUUGCAUUCCUUGAAACGGGGAGCGGCAAGACGUUGAUUGCGGUUAUGCUGAUCAAGGAGAAGGCAGAGGAGUUCAGGCAGCAAGGCAAGAAGAAACUGUCGGUGUUUCUGGUCCCCAAGAUUCCGCUCGUGUAUCAGCAAUCCGAUGUGGUGCGUGUGAACACGGGGCUCAAGGUGGGGCACUACUGUGGGGAGAUGGGCGUCGACUUUUGGGACCAGGCCACGUGGCUUAAGGAAUUCGAAGAGAACGAGGUGCUAGUAAUGACGGCCCAGUUCUUCCUAAACCUUCUGCCCCAAAGUCCGUUCAAGACAAUCGUCAGCCGGCCUGCUAAUCCUGGACGAGUGCCUACACUUAUUCAGCAGAUCCUCCCUCUGUUCGAGAGACUUUCUAGCAUUGAACCGCCGCAUCUCUUUGCAGGGUUAGUGAUGACGGCCCAGAUCUUCCUGAACAUCCCGCGCCACAGCUUCCUCAAGAUGAGCGCAGUUCUGGUCAUGACGGCCCAGAUCUUCCUGAACAUCCUGCGCCACAGUUUUCUCAAGAUGAGCGCAGUCGGCCUGCUCAUUCUCGACGAGUGUCACCACGCCGUCAAGAAGCAUCCGUACAGCCUUAUCAUGGAGGAGGCGUACCAUCCUGCGCCGCCCGACCAGCGACCCGCCAUCUUCGGGAUGACGGCAUCGCCCGUCAACCUCAAGGGUGUCUCCUCUCAGGAGGAUUGCGCAUACAAGCUACGGAGCUUGGAAGUAAAGCUCGACGCCCGGGUGUGCACCAUCCAGGACCGGGGGGUCCUGGACCAGUUCGUUCCGACCCCCCACGAGCGGAUCGUCGAGUACGACCCCCCCUUAGUGAAAUACUCAAUACGGGCGGAGCUAGAGGCGCUUAUGCAGGAGGUUGAGAAAGCGAGUCCAACAGGGGGGAAGAAGAGGAAGUGGGUGGCGGUCCCGACUGCCCACCCGGAAGAGAAGCCGGAGGAGGCCGCAGUGGGGGAGAAGAAAGAGGGGCAAGACGGGCCGGAAGAGAAAGGAGGGGUGGAAAAUAUGGAGGUGGAUGAAGCGGGGGGGUCCGGAUUGACCGGGAAUAUGUCAGGAGACGGUUCGGUAGAGGAUUCUGGUAGCAGGGGGGAAAAGGAGAGUGGGAAAAGUCGGGAGGGUAGGAUGCUGUAUUGGAAGAAACGGGAAGAGGGGGGCAAGUCGACGACGCUGCUGCAGAAGCUGGGGUCGAUCCUGUACGUGCUCGACGAGUUGGGCCAGUGGUUUGCGUACAAGGUGGCCAAGCGAUACCUCAAGAAGGUCUCCGAGCAAGACCCACUGCCCGGUUCGGCCCCGCCAGGCGACCCGGAACAGCGCGAGGUCCAGCUGGCCUAUCUUCGAAGCGCCGUCAAACUCCUCCGGUGCACUUUACAAGAGGGGCCGGCGCUUUCGGAAGCUUCCGGGGGAUCCCCCGAGGAGGCGCAGAACCGGCCCGGGGGGGACCAUUCUGACCCGAUUCUGGGGGGGGCGGUGAAGGACGGGCUGGUCAGUCCGAAGGUGCAGGCGCUAGUGCGGACGCUCCUGGAGUACAGGGGCGAUGCGGAAGACUUCCGGUGCAUUGUAUUUGUGGAGCGCAUUGCAACGGCGAAGGUCCUCCCGAGCCUUAUGCUGGAAUUGCCCUCCCUCCGCUUUCUAGUCUGCUGCGCGCUCAUCGGCCACGCCAAUCAACACAUGAAGUCCCGAGACCAACAGGAAGUCAUUGACAACUUCAGGGCAGGGCACGUCACGCUCCUGAUUGCGACGUCGGUGGCCGAAGAGGGUUUGGACAUCCAGGCGUGUCAUUCCGUGAUCCGGUUUGACCUGGCGAAGACGGUCUGUGGGUACAUUCAGAGCCGGGGGCGGGCGCGACGGCCGGGGUCGGACUAUGUGCUCAUGGUCGAAAGGAACAACGCGGAGCACAACGAGUACGUAGCGGGUGCGCGCUCGAGCGAGGAGAAGAUGCGGCGGGAGGCCAUCCAACGGUCGGAGAUGACGAUUGAGGUGCCCGCGCCGGCGCCCGAUGACGCGACCUACACGGUGCCGCUGACGGGCGCGCUCGUUAGCAUGAAUUCCGCCGUGCAAUUGAUCAACUACUACUGCUCCAAACUGCCACACGACAAGUACACCGAGCUUCAACCGGAGUACCGAGUCCAGGAGAGUGUCGUCCCUGGCGGGGGUGUAACGUACACCUGCGAGCUACACCUGCCGUGUAACGCCCCCCUCCAGAUCGUCAAAGGCCCCGAAAAGGAGUCCAUGCACAAGGCGCAGCAGGCCGCGUGCCUGGAGGCCUGCAAGCAGCUCCACCAAAACGGGGCCUUGACGGAUAUGCUGCUGCCAGACUUGGGCACUCCGGAAACGGAAGGCCCUGUGAGUGGGGACGUUGUUCUGCCGGCUGACGGCCCGGUGAAGCGGCGGGCGUAUCGGGAGAAGCCGGCGGCAGCGCUCGGGGGCCGGUGGGUGCUGGAAAAGCGGAAGAAAGGGGAGAAGACGGUGAUGCAACUGUAUGCGGUGCAGAUCGUGAAGAAGCGGAAAAGGGGAGCGAAAACGGAUGGGGAAGCUUUGGAGAAGGGGGUUGACAUGGAGGGGGGCUCGGAACAAGCUGGUAAAGAGGGGGGGGCGAUGGAGUCUGGAACGGAAGGGCGAGCGGGUGCAGAGAAAAUGGAGGAAGAUGCACGAGCGGGAUGGGAUGGAAAGGAACUAGAGACGGCGGGGAUGGAAAGCGGUGCGGACUUGGGAGAUGCGGACGGGGAAGAGGAAGAGGGUUUCGAAGGCGAUGAGAGCGUGACGAGCUUCGGGUUCGUUUUGGAGCAGCAGAUCGAGGGGGAUGUGCUGGCACUCGAAACGGAGCUCUUUGUGAAGAAGGACGUGGUGACGUCAGCCCGGGUGCUCUACUGCGGGGAGGUGCACCUAGCGCAGACAGAUGUCAAGUUCCUCAAGGAGUUACACAUCCGGCUACUGAGCACGGUUCUCGAGCUCAGCCUUCCUCCAAGCGAAGCCGAGUGGGAUCCGGCCAAACUGUACUGCCUCGUUCCCAUGGUUAAGAAGUCGGGUCAGCUCGGGUUAAGCCGGAACCGUCCGUGGGACAUCAACUGGGAGGUGAUCAAGACGGUGUCGCGUGACCCAGCUUGGGUUACCUUAACCCCGGAGAAACCUCAGGACAAGAAAGUUACCCAGCAGGUCUGGGUGGCAAAGUCCAGCGAGGGGGGUGACGUCACCCCGAGGCCGAUGACGUCAUCCUCGGGAGGGAGCGACUCCACGGCGGGAGGGAGCCGAGACGGUUUCUUCAGUAGGCCGGAGUCUCCGGGAGACUGGGCGCCGAUCGGAGCGUAUACGUCAUUCCGAGGUUAUGACCAUUUUGGGGGUGGGGAUGGGAAAGGGAAGCCACGACGAACUCGCAGCCCAAUGGGGGGGCGCGGGCAGGGGCCCGGGAGGGGGGGGUUAAAUCUGGUGCGGACGAACUCCGUUCCUGCUCGGUUUCAGGGGUCCCCCCCACCAGGAUUGACCAGGGGAGCGCACUCCCCCCACCGCAGGACGCAGUCCGGGACGCCGCCGCUUUCACCUUCCGGGGGGCUGAAUGCGCAGGUGUUUCCGCCCCCACAUUUAGGGAUGCCGGGGCCGGCGGCGCAGUACCCGAUUCCGAUUCCCCUGUUGCAGCAGAAUGCAGACCCUGGGUUGGGUCAGCAGAUGGCGCUGCAACAAAUGAUGGCGGCGAACAACGCGGCGCUCGCGGCGUUGAUGACACAGCAACAGGCGCUUAUGGGCGCCGUCGCAGCACAGCAGCAACUAGCAGCGGCCACAGAUCCCGCGGCCAAGCAGCACGCCGUCAACACGCUCCUGCACGCACAGUCCCAGGUCGUCGCAAGUGCCAACGCCGCUGCAAACGCCGCAGUUAGCCAAACCCAAAACGCGCUUAACCAGCCCCACUUCACGCCCCCGAUCCAAAUCCCCCACGUCCAGUUCCCCGGUCACCAGAGCCCCCGCUCGGGAGCGUCGUCCCCAUCCCCGGGGGUCGAUUUUGGCCCGCACCAAUACCCCCCCACCCCGGUACCCGUUCCCCUUCCGGGUUACUUCAACCCGGGGGUAAACCCGAUGCAAAGUCCGUCGCCCGUGCACUCGCCAAUGCACCAGCGGAUGGGGCACAAGAGCGCAUCAGCAUUUUACCAGCAGCGGGGGGGCUAUUCUAGUCAGAACGCUGCCCCCCCGCCCCUGAAGCGUCAGGGCAGCGGGCUUGUCUCGGCAGCGGAAGUGAUUGAGCAGAUUGCUUCUGGGGGGCUGCCAACACCAGAGCAGCAGGCUGCCAUGGAGGGGGGGGUAAUGCACGCCCCAGGCCGGGGGGGUCGUAGGAGCCCCGCAAGCACCCCCCCUCGGGGCCUGCAGCUCAACAGCGGCGCGCAGGCCUUCGAGCCGCGCCCCGAUUCGGGGGGAUCCGGCGGUUCGAAAGACGGGUCAAACCCAGGGUCAAGAGACGGGUCAAGAGACGGGUCAAGCCAGGGGUCGAAAGAUGGUUCUGGGAGGGGGCCUCUGCCUCGCAGUGGCAGCGUUCGCGCAAUGACCUCAUAUGAGCGGUCGUCGUCGGACGAGAGCCAGAAGGAGGACCGAGGAUUCAAGGGGUUGGCGAAGAGCGGGCGGGCGCUGAAACGGAGCAGCAGUCAAUCGUCGAUGAAGCGAUGGGACGGCGCGCUUGUGCUGGCGGACGGACCGGUGGAUCCGGAUGCCCUGCGGGGUCGUGUCGUCAUCGCCACGCACAGCGGCAAGCGCUUUUUCGUGGACAGGGUUGAGCUCGAACUAGAUGCAGACAGCCCCUUUCCUCAGAAGGACAACGCCACGUCGCCCCCAGAGUAUGCAACAUUCACCGAGUACUAUUGGAAACGGUACGGCCUCAAGCUGCUUCACCGGAAGCAGCCCCUGCUGCACUGCUCGGGCGUCCCGCGCGCGCGCAACCACUUGGUGCCGCGCUUUGACUCCACCACAGAGACUGGAGCCGAGUCGUCGCGGCCCGACUUCUUUGUACAGCUGCCGGCGGAGCUGUGCCAGUUGCACCCGAUCGGGAGCGACGUCCUGCGGACGGGCCUUCACAUGCCGUCCGUCAUGCGACGGAUCGAGUCUCUUAUGGUCGCUGCACAGCUGCGGGCCGCGAUCGGGCUGCCGAUAGGGUUAGAGAAGGUCCUCCAGGCGCUGACGUCAUCCUCGUGCCAGGAGGCCUUCUCGUACGAGCGCGCUGAGCUGCUCGGCGACGGCUUCCUCAAGUACGCCGUGAGCCGGCGCGUCUUCCUGCUGCACCCGUCGCGCCACGAGGGCCAGCUCACGGGCCUACGUCAGCAGGUCGUCAGCAACAGUGCGCUGCUCCAGCUGGCGCUCUCCAAGGGUUGGAGGUUGUCGACGGGCGGACGUCGGUUUAACCCGAGCGAAGGUGGCGUGGCGGCCGGGCGUGGCGCCGCGACGGGCCACAAGAUGGGGACAGCGGGAGCUCCAGACGGGGAAAGUGGAGAGGGGACAAGGUCGUCCGAAGGUGACGGAUCGAGAAAACAAGACGGUGCGGACGUCCGACGUCUUGCAGAGGGGGACUUUCCCCCGUUGGGAGCAGAAUCCGAUUCUCGAACCCUGCAGCAAGAGACGGCACCCAUUCAAGGUGUCCGAUCCUUGUCGAUCGGGACGUCAUCGGAAGAUUUCGCCGGUGUCAGAUCUUUGAGGGGGGGCGACAAGCUCGGGCGUUUGGUGAUUGAGCGCGCGGCGGCGAGCCCGGCGUCUGUUUUAGCCUUUGAGGAAACGGCCAACGAGGAGGCGCCACGUGGCACCGGGAGGGAUCCCCCUCGUACGAGGCCGGACAGCGGGGCCGCAAACGCGUGGCGCAACGGAAAGAGCGACAGUGUACAUAGAGAGGCAUGCUCGCAGCCGCACGCGCGCCUCUCGCCGCGGGGAGCUUUAGAAGUGCAGGCUAGCGCGAAACCCGACUCAAUUAGCGCCAAACCGAGGCCGAUUAGCGUGGACGGGCGGCCCGAGGAGGAGGUGUCCGAAGCCGGGUUCGGACCCACGGACUGGCGCGUGGUUUCGGACAAGGGUUUGGCGGACGUCGUGGAGGCGCUGAUUGGGACGUAUCAUUCGGAAGGAGGGGUGCCAGCAGCGGUGGGGUUCAUGGAGUGGGUGGGCAUCGAGACGCAGUUCCCGGCCUCCGCCGUUGAGGAAACACGCCAAGGGGCGGCCGUUCCAGAGGCGAUCCUGCGGAGCGCCGAUUGCGCUGCGGUCGAGGCUGUGCUGGGGUACUCGUUUCACAGCCGAGCGCUGCUGGUUGAGGCGCUGACGCACCCCACCGGAGCCGAGCAGUCGGUCCCGUGCUACCAGCGGCUCGAGUUCUUGGGCGACGCCGUGCUGGACUACCUGAUCACGCGCCACCUGUACGACGCGUUCCCCGAUCUUUCCCCGGGGAUGCUCACCGACCUGCGCAGCGCUGCCGUGAACAACGAGAACUUCGCCCGGGUGGUCGUCACCCGGGGCCUGCACCGCCAUUUGCGGCACCGCUCCGCCGUCCUCCUACAACAGGUCACUGCAUACGCGAUCGAACUAGAAGCGGCGGGGACCGGGCACGCGCACUCCUUCGGACUGGUCGACCAUUCCGCGCCGAAAGUGUUGGGCGAUGUGUUUGAGUCGCUCGCGGGCGCGGUUCUGCUCGACUGCGGGCUGGACCACGAGACGGUGUGGCGCGUCUUCGAGCCGCUGCUGCAGCCGAUGGUGACGCCGGACACGCUGCCGAUUCACCCCGUCCGCGAACUGCAGGAAGCCUGCCAGCGGUUAGACGAGGGUUUGGAGUACCGCCAGAACCGGGUCGGGCGGCUGGCGCAGGUGGACGUCUUCCUGAACGGCGAGAUGGUCGGGAGCGCGCAGAAUGCGCAGAAAAAGAUGGCCCAGAAGCACGCCGCGCGCGACGCGCUCGCGCACCUCCGCCAGCAGUACGGCGCGCAGCUGACUGCCGUCAAGACGAGCCCUGCCGCUGAAGCCGCCAGCAGCCAACCCCUCAGACCGGAGAACCGGCAGAACUUGAACGAGCUGUGCGCGAAGCGAGGCUGGCCAAUGCCGGACUACUUCGCCGUGUCCGAAUCGGACGCGGCAACGGACGUACGGUUCACGUACGGCGUCAAAGUGCGGAUGCUGGGGAAAGGGGAAGGGGCGACCGUUUCUGAGCUUAUGGCUCACGGGGAAGCGAUGCCGUCAAUAAAAAAGGCGAAGGAUUCGGCGGCGAUCCGGCUUCUGCGGAAGCUGGAAGCGAUGUCAACACCUUCGGAGGCCAGAUGAGUCGUCAAGAGUCGAUAACUACUGAGCGGUUAGAGCCAACUUCACGUCAGCAUAGCUCGGCGAGGCCGAGUAUAUAUGCAAGUCGCGGGCCGCACGCUUCCAUUGGUCCGGGCCAAUGCACGUCAAGACAUUACGUUUGCUAGCAUUUGCAAUCUGUGUUGCUUUCGAGCUUAUGGAGUAAAUCCAGCAUGUACUUUAUCUGAGCGACUGUUUACAAUCUACAGAAAUACCGUACUAGUAUACCAUAUCUGUGAAGGUGCUGAAGACUACUGGUUUUGACGAAUACCUGGAAUCUGAGAUGCACGUCUCUGUUGGCAUGUUGCCAAGGAUCA